AGGUGGCCGUUUACUGCAAUCUUUAUUAUCUGUGAUAUAUUCCUGAAUAAAAGUAAAAUUUAAACAAUUUUAAUUUUGACACCGGCUACACUGUAUGUAACUUAUCAUUAUUACAUUUCAAUUCUUUAUCAAAUUAACUAAAUAAUUAUUGGUAUUUAUUAUACAUUUUUUCAUUUUAUUUUCUAGUAAAAUUUAUUUUUACUUAUUAAUUUACAUUGCAAUAUUUUAUAUUUUUAUCUCAUUACUUAUACUAAACUUUAGUUCUAAUAUAAUAUUAGAUAUUUUUAUAAUAAAAAUGGAAAAUAUAAUUUUUAAUAAGAAACAAGAAUGUGAAAGCCCUAGUUUUAGAGAUUACUCACAAGAAGAUUUGUUUUUAGCUCCAGAACCAAAACGAUCAAAUAGCCAAAAUCUUACUUCAGACCCAUUUGGAAAGAAAAAAAAAGAUAAAAGUAAAAAACAAAUUGAAGCAGAAGAAAGAGAGAAAAUGAGGUUUUUUACAUAAUACUACCUAGGUAUUUUAUAUUUUAAUAUUAAAUUAUUAUUCUAGAGUUCUUGUUUCAAAUUUCACUGAAGAACAAUUAGAUAGAUAUGAAAUGUUUCGAAGAUCAGUGUUUCCAAAAGCAGCAAUCAAAAGAGUUUGUGUUAUAUUUGUGUAUUGCUGUGCAAUUAGUGAUAUUAUAAUUAUAAUAACCAUUUUGCUUUUUAGAUUGUACAAACUAUUACAGGAAAUUCUGUUUCACAAAAUGUUGUCAUUGCCAUGUCUGGUAUUGCAAAAGUUUUUAUUGGUGAAAUAGUUGAAGAAGGUAAUUCAAAGUUAUUCAUAAAAUAUUAUCUAUAUAGUUCUUAAAUAAUGACAACCUCUUAUCCCAAAUUACUAUUAUUAUGCAACUGUAUCUAUUUUAUAUUAGACAUUACAGUAUAUGUGAGUAUUUAUUAUUUAGCUCUUGACAUAAUGGAAGCCCAAGGUGAUUCAGGACCACUACAUCCUAAGCAUUUAAGAGAAGCUGUUCGACGACUUCGAAAAAAUGGUGCAAUACCAUCCUCUAAGGGUAGAAAAUUACCUUUUUAUAUUUAGAUAUAAAUAUAUGAAUGUCAAAUCAUUAACAUUUUUUUUACUACUGUAAUUACUUUGUAUAAUCCACAUUUUCUAUUUCAAAUUUAUUAUUCAAUGUAAAAAUUAAUUGGUAGAUAUAUAUUCAAUUUCUCAUUUUUUAAUUAUAAUUUUAAAGUUCUAAAAAUUGAGCAAUUAUUUUAAAUUUAAAUUAUAAUAAAAAUAACUAUGAAUAUAACAUUCAGGAAGUAAUUUUAAACAUAAUUAAAUGUAUUAUAGAAACUGUGAAUAAUUUUAAAUAAUUAAUUGUAUAUUUGUACUAAUUGUAGGUAUUAGUUUUUUUCCUGAACUGUCGUUUCUUGUUAUGGUGAUCAAUGAUAAUAAUAAUGUGUACUAUUUAGUAACAGGUUUUAUGUUUUGUUAUAAGUUCUAUAAAUUGUAUCCUAAUUGUUUGUGGUUAGUACAUAAAGUGGCAUGAUUUGUUGUAUACAUUUAAUUUUAAUUUUAAACAUAAAAUUAUUUCAAUAUUCAAUCCUUAUUGCAAUGUGAUUUUCAAAUUUAUAUAAAUAUAAUAAAAUAACAUCUUUACAUUUAAUUUCAAAGCUACUUUUUAGAGGAGAAAUGAGGUGAUAUAUUUUCUCCUCCCGUGAUUUUUUUUUCAUUCUAUGUAUAAUAAUAGUAUUAUUUUAAUAUUACCCACAUGUUAAAAUGAUUGGCUUAUUUAUGAAUUUAAAGAAUUAUUAAAAUAUGUUUUAUGAGUAUAAAUUAAUAAACAUAUGAU